GCGCGCGCGCGCGGGCUCGCGGGGGAGGCGGCCGGGAGCGAGGCUGCGGCGCCUGUCUCCUCUGCUCCGCCUCCUCCUCCUCCUCAGCGUCUCCGCCGCCGCGGAGGCCGGGAGGGAGGGAGUCGCGUCCCCGCCUGCAGCGCCGCCAGUCCGACCCUUGGUUCCGCCGCGUGAGGAUCCAGUCGAGCGGAGCUCUGCGCAGAAACCCGAGCUGCGGCCGCCCCACUGCAGGUGCCUGUGAGGAGGCGCCCGGGCCGCAGCCGCGUCGCGAUUCCACCCGCCGCGCACUAGCUCCCUGCGCUUCCAGGGGCGGCCCCGCUGGAGGAGGCCGCUGAGGGACCCUGCCUCAGGAUGAACCGCAGCCACCGGCACGGGGCGGGCAGCGGCUGCCUAGGGACCAUGGAGGUGAAGAGCAAGUUUGGAGCUGAAUUUCGUCGGUUUUCCCUGGAAAGAUCAAAACCUGGCAAGUUUGAGGAGUUUUAUGGAUUACUGCAGCACGUUCAUAAGAUUCCCAACGUUGAUGUUUUAGUAGGCUAUGCAGACAUCCAUGGAGAUUUGCUGCCCAUAAAUAAUGAUGAUAAUUACCACAAAGCUGUUUCAACGGCCAACCCACUGCUUAGGAUUUUUAUACAAAAAAAGGAAGAAGCGGACUACAGUGCCUUUGGUACAGACACACUAAUAAAGAAGAAGAAUGUUUUAACCAAUGUGUUGCGUCCUGACAACCAUAGAAAAAAGCCACAUAUAGUCAUUAGUAUGCCCCAGGACUUCCGACCUGUGUCUUCUAUUAUCGAUGUGGAUAUUCUUCCAGAAACGCAUCGUAGGGUCCGCCUUUAUAAAUACGGCACUGAGAAACCUCUAGGAUUCUACAUCCGGGAUGGCUCCAGUGUCAGGGUGACACCGCAUGGCUUAGAGAAGGUCCCAGGGAUCUUUAUAUCCAGACUUGUCCCAGGAGGUCUGGCUCAAAGCACAGGACUAUUAGCUGUUAACGAUGAGGUUUUAGAAGUUAAUGGCAUCGAAGUUUCAGGGAAGAGUCUUGAUCAAGUCACAGACAUGAUGAUCGCAAACAGCCGCAACCUCAUCAUCACAGUGAGACCCGCGAACCAGAGGAAUAAUGUCAUUAGGAACAGUCGAACUUCUGGCAGCUCCGGCCAGUCUACUGAUAACAGCCUCCUUGGCUAUCCUCAGCAGGUCGAGCAGAGCUUUGAGCCCGAGGAUGAAGACAGCGAUGAAGAUGACAUCAUCAUUGAAGACAGCGGAGUGCCGCAGCAGAUCCCUAAGGCUGUUCGUAACACCGAGAGCCUGGAAUCCUUAACGCAAAUAGAACUCAGUUUUGAGUCUGGACAGAACGGUUUUAUUCCUUCUAACGAAGUCAGCUUAGCACCCGUAGCAAGUGGCACAAAUACCGAAUUUGAAACGCGUGCUCCGGAUCAAAAACUGUUAGAAGAAGAUGGAACGAUCAUAACACUAUGAAACCAUUGUUUGAGUGUUUUCUGAAUGAAGAUGCCGUGGAGACUUGUAAAUUUGGCUAGUCUAACAUAUAUACCUCUGAACCAGUGAUCUGGGAUAGGCAUGAAAAAAAUAAUAGUGCAAGCUUCACAUGUUAUUAAAAUAGUAGUUUGAUAAUUAAUAUAAACCAGUGGGUCAGAGGUGAAUUUAAGUCUAAAGGGGGCCUUUGCUAAUGAAAUGACGUGCUUUUGCUGUCUUGUCUACAGAGCACUGGAUGUUAGAGCACAUUCCCAGAACCGAGCGCGGGGACGAGACCAUUUCUGUUGGAAGUGGUUACAUAUUUAACUUGCUGUGCAGAGCCUGGAUAAUUUUCCCCUUAACUGUAUGUUUUAAAAUUCUAAUGUGAAGAAGUCUAUCUUUGGUACUUUGGGGACCUCAGCUCCUAUGUUCCCUGUGUUUUAUCUUGAUUUUUUUUCAGUGUUGUUCCUCUGUUGCUAAUUUUAGCAAGUAAUAUUUUCCACUGCUUUUUUCCCUAAUUUCUAAGAAAUCAAACCAAUGGACUGAUUUUAGGAGUUGCUUCCCUCAUUAUAAAGCAUGGAAGCUAUGUUCCUGAAGUAAGAAACGCCAACAGAUGUUCAGACCCGCCUUUGUCCCUCCCGUAGCUCUUGUCUGUAUCAUCUCAUUCCAUUCGGGUGUAGGUGUAGGUUACAGCGUCAGAGGCAGUUCCAUCCACUCUGGUGAUACGGGAGGCUCUCUCCCUUCACUUCUUGUUCUCAUUCCGAAUCUCGUUGGAAACCAUUCCUUUUGUUGUUUGUGUGUUUCGUUGGUCUGCUUGUAUACUCUUAAUGUACUUGAGUAGUGUCAAUUAUUUUUGUUUAAAAAAUGCACCCAAAUUAAGAGAUUUUACACACAGGACAACCUUGUGCACUUUUUAUAUGAAAAAUUUGGGUUUUCCUUAAUGGGAUUUCUAGGAACACUGCCUACACUUUAUGAAAAUUAUGUAGUAUUCACCUUUGACAGGUAGAGUAUAUCUCAAUUAAUUUUGUGAGGCUAUUUAUUCCUUUCCAGUGCAUCCACUUAGAACAAGAUAAGAGUAAGGCUGCUAACUUUCAUUCCUUGCCUGGUUUCGUUGUCUGAGGGCCACAGGCACUACAGUUUGCUUGUAUAUAGAGACGAAGAAUAGUGUGAACCACGUGAGUUCCUGUGGCUUAUGGAUAUUUCUUGCAGAAUUAUUUAUUGAUUAAUUUUAUGGUAGGGCUAGAAUGGAUACCUUAUAACAAUUGUGUGCUAUUAAAACAAUGAAGAAUCAAAUGACUCCGUUUUGAAGGAUAUUUUCUCAACGUGGUAAAAAUAUAUGAAGUAAGAUCUUGCUUAAAUGAAGAUCACUUGACUCAGAAUACUUCAAUGUAUUUUGUUCACAUUACCACUAAAUAUAUUAUCACUAAACUAUUAACUGCACGACAUUAUGUAAUACAGUGUACUUUUUGUUGAAUUCAUUGAAAUUCUUCCACUUAUAUAACCACUUUUUUUUUUUAAUGGCAUUCCAGGUUUAACAUUCUGUGAGUUUUAUGAAUUUGACUCUCGAAUGACAUGUUAUUAUGUAGAAGGUUAAAUCUCAUUUAUAAGCGGUGCAGGGGUUCAACAUUUUAAGUAAAAAAUACUUUUUCACAUACUACCUCUAUCUCUUUCUCGCUCUUUUUUUUUCUUUCUUUUUUUUUUUUUUUUUAAGAAUUUUAACAUCAGUACUUUUCUCUUAGGGGAAGAAAUAUUUCAGGGCUUGACUUUUUGUACAACUUUUAACUGUAAAAUACAGAUUGUCUUCUAUGUAUUCAUGAAAAUGGAAAUCAAAGCUGCUAGUGCUUUUUAUUUUAAUUAUCUCGCUAAGGGUAUACGUCAACAGUCUUUUCAACUGGAUCGCUCAUUUAAAUUAUUGGUGAAAUAAUUGAUUACUUAGCCAUAUUGUAAAACCAAUCAGUCUUGGUUAUACAAUAAAAUGUCGGUUCGUUGGUAGUCUGAAUUAAUUUCAAGUGUACCUUAUUAACAAAAUAUCAGUGGAUUCAGCAUAAAAUUUUAUUACUAAAUGUCAGGCUAACUGUGAAUUUUGUUCUGUAUCUUAAGUAAAUUUAUGAUAAUGUCCUCAUGAGCUAUCAACAAAAUAUAUGUACUUUUGUGAACUAUGGAUUUUCUAAUUAAAUUUUACAUGCGACAUGAUUUUUACAUGAAUGAUACUUUGUUUAAACUAUCAAAUGUCAGUAUUUUACUACAAUUUUAUUAUAAAAUGUACAUUAUCACUAAAUGAACUUUGAUUUUAAAAAUCAAAUUAGCUUUAGUUGUAUAUUAUUUUUUACAAAUAAAGAUAGACUUGUAUAAAGGCUA